AUGGAACCACCGGCCCAAACUGGGCUACCUUCUCAAGCAUGCCAAACUAGCCUUUCUAGCAUGUUGCUAACAUUCCGCACGUUAGGUGUUUCUAUUGCCGAGCAUAAAACUGAAGGACCCAGUCUCAUUAUAGAAUUUCUAGGCAUUAUCAUUGACUCACAAAAGAUGGAGGCUCGUCUUCCAUCCGAUAAAUUGAACCGUCUAUUUGUUGAUUUAAAUUCGUGGCACACAAAAAAGUCAGCUACACUCCAAGAGCUCCAAUCACUAAUUAGCACAUUAAAUUUUGCAUGCAAAGUAAUUGCCCCGGGUCGAGCUUUUCUGCAACGUAUCAUAAAUCUAACACGGGGUGUCUCCAAACCACAUCAUCACAUUCGCUUGACGAAUGGUUUUCGCGAAGACGUAAAAAUGUGGCAACUUUUUCUUAAAGACUGGAAUGGGACAAGUCUAUUUCUCAACUCUUUCUGGGAAAAUUCUACAAACCUUUCUCUCUAUACGGAUGCCUCGGGGACCCUUGGUUUUGGGGAAAUUUUUCGCAACCAGUGGUUUCAGG